GUUACAGCUUGCUCCUGCACAGCGUCUGUGGGUGCUUCUGGCGAGUGCGACAACAAAGAUGGCCGCUGUACGUGCAAGACCAACGUUGAAGGAUUCCAGUGUGACAAGUGUGUAGUGAACGCCUACAACCACUCCAGCGGGCUAGGUUGCACCAUGUGCAACUGUCACAACGAGGGGGCCACAAGUCAGCAAUGUAAUGUAACAUCAGGAAUAUGCCCAUGUCGUUCCAAUGUUAAUGCCCAGAGAUGCAACUCCUGCGUCGACAAGUUCUGGAACAUCAACCUCAACACAGGAUGUGACGCCUGUGACUGCCAUGUACAGGGGAUGCUUCCACAGUCUAACGGCAAGUGCGACCUGGUUUCUGGACAGUGCACCUGCAAAAAUGCCGCCUUCACCGGACAGAAGUGCAAUGGCUGUUCCCCAGUGUUUUUUGGGAACUAUGAAUACAUCAACCUAUUUUCCCUGGGUUCAUUUCCCCACUGCGGUCUGUGUGGCGAGUGCUUUGACGGAUGGGCAAAGAAGAUAGAAGCUAUUGGGACAGAGGUGUACAAACAGUUCAACGACACUGAUCUGCUGUGGCAAAACUACAACAGAUGGCAGGUGUCUCACGCUGCCCCGAAACUCCUGAGCAUGCGGUCUAACAUCAGCCUGGCACAGGGAUCCAUACAGCGAGCUGGAAACUUCACACAGCUCUUGUCUGGACUUCAGGCUGACCUUCAGAAGGUAUCUGAUAGGGUAGGCAAUCUCAGUGGCGACUUGGACAGCCUCCAACUUCAAUACAACGCAGCAAACACCACCUACUACUCUCUCCUCACCUUCAUCGGAACGGUGGACAUUGACAACCUCACAAGUGUGUCUGAGCAGUCAUUACAGGCCGACGUCCGAAAUCUGUCAUCGCUGAUCGAAAGUCAGAACACUGAUGGUAACGCCACCUGGCACGAGAUACUGAAACUAUCCAUCCUCGUAGGGGAACACUGGGGACCGAUCUCGGGCACUACAGCAGCGUGUUGA